AUGACGUCCAAGACUCGGCAGGGAUCUGUUGCUGCUACAACCAAAGAGGAUGCCGAGCAGUUUCUUUGCUCCAUGUUUGGAGACGAGUCGGAGAUAAGCUUGGGUGUGGUUAAAGAUGUCCUUGGUCAGUGUGGGUAUGAGGUUGAAAAGGCGUUGGAUGCCUUGCUCGAGUUAUCUUCUUCCUCAAGAAAGAGACGGUGCUCUUCAGAAUAUAUCCGCAAGAACUAUGCCGAGGUUCUUGUUGGUCCUUCUCAAGCACAUAGGAGUACGAGUGCAAAUCUGUCUCAGAUGGUGUUGGAAUCUUUGUUUAACAACUCCAAGAGAAGUCUUCAGAAUGAAGAACCAAGAACUAUGAAUUCUUGGAAGAACAGUGUCAAGGAAUUGCAAGAUUCUUUGGGACCCGAGUUUGAUGUUGCUAAAGGAGCUGAGUAUCACGCAUAUAGAAGUACUGCAAAGGAGCAUUGGGAUUCAGUGAAGUCCUACCAUCAAAAAGCUGCGACUGCGUAUUCAAACGGAUCACGGGCAUAUGCAGGUUACCUAUCCGAGCAGGCCAAGGCAAAGGCGAAAUUGGCACCAGAGGUGGACGAGAAGGCAAGCCAGGAGAUCUUUAAAGCUAAAAACAAGGACAAGGGAAUAAAAAAUGAUGUGAUGACAAUUGAUUUGCAUGGGCAGCAUGUGAACGAAGCGAUGAAGUUUUUGAAGAUGCACAUUCAGUAUGGAACCAAUACACAAUCGCUUCGAUUCCUCAGGGUUAUUACAGGACAUGGUGCAGGGAAGUCUAUUGUGAAACAAUCUGUCAUCAAAUUUUUCCAGAAAGAAGGUAUUAAAUGGAGUGAAGAGAAUCCAGGAGCGUUGUUAAUCAAGCUAGGUUCACAGAGAGACUACUUCAGAUUUAUGGACAGGGAUGUACGUAGUAUCUGUUCAGUCGGUUAA